CUCGUAUUUUAUUAUCGAUCAAUCAAGUCCUCAUAUUAUUAAAAACAAUCAAUUUUAGCUUUUAACCGGUUGGUUGUGACUCUAUCUGGUGACAACUGACGCGGAAAUCUACAUUCAUUAAUUUUUUCCUCUUUUCUUUUUCUUUCUUUCCUUCUUUCUCUCUUUCCCAUCUCCUUCCUUAGUUCCUUCUCUUCCUGCAACUUCUUUCUUUAAUUAUGUUUAUUUCUUUCUUUCCUCCUGUUAUCUUUCCGUUUACUUUCUUCAAUCUUUGUUCUCGGUCGUCGGCCUUUCUCCAACAUGCUCGUCGCCCUUCUUCACAAAUCCUAGAAAUCUUGGAUUCGCCAAAAGGUUUAACAACAUCAAGUCAAGAAAAUGGGUCAGUAACGCAAUCUCUCAAUUUCGCAAAGAGAAAAGCUUCAUCCAGUGCUCCCACAUCUUCACUACCACAAAAAAAGCUCUCAUGUCAAAUUUCCACCACCUCCUUCCCCAUUAUCACUGCCUGUGUACCAAUUUCACCCCAUCUCAGGCAUUCAACCUAAAAUUCACAUUUUCUCAAAAGAUCUGUAACCAAAGAUCAAAUAAAAGUCGGAACUGAGGGAAGCCUUUGAGUCAGCAAAGCCACCGAGGAUGUGCUCAAAGGUCUCAAGGAUAUGGAAACCUACUUUGAUGAAAAUGGGACUCAAACUCGACGAGGAAGUUAAACAUCCCAAAAAGACUUGUCUUCUCAACCCUCAUGCGUUGGUUCUACGGUUGCCGGAGGAAUGCACUCUGCUCUGCCCGUGCUUUUUUUUUUCUCCUUCUGGAAAGAACCAAAGGAUAUGAGCACUUUAGCAUAGACCAUUGUGGCGAGGAUAUUUUUUAACCCAUGUGGAAACAAAGACUCUAAAUAACCUCCACGCAAGCAUCCAUGUCAGCGAAUAAAUGGAUUACCGAUUGGUUACCUCUCAAAAAGAGGAAUUGAUGGUUUUUUAAUACUUCGGGGACUUGAUUGAUCGAUGAUAAAGUACGAGGACUCAAUUGACUUUUUCAGAAUAGUACGAGGACUUAUUUGAUAGUUUUCCCUAACUUUGAGGUCCUUCACUUGUACGAAAUCAAAGCCGCACAUGAA